AUGCAACGGGGCACGGCACUGUCGUCAAACAACCCUUUCAGGGAGAAAAGCGAUGACCUCCCUGUGCCGGGAAAUGAACCGGGCAACACACAGACAAUUGCCGAGGCUAUCAAGAGUGAUGAUGCCAUGAUGGCGAAUGAACUCAAGGCACUUUCACGGCGAGCAGAAACAAGGAAUACGGAAACGGAGAAGAUUUCUAUUCGCGGAGGUGUUUUAAAAACUCCUUUGGUGCGUCGCAGCGGGCGUGGCCCGCGAACGGUAGAAAUUAAGGAGACUCACAGCAGGGAAACAUUUAUCGCCAAGAAACGGGAAGUGGGUCUCAUGCGACUUGAUCUUGCAAACAAGGAGGCAGAGAUCCGUCAUUUGGAGGAGGAAAUGGAUCGUGCGGAGAAGCGGGUUCGUCAACAGCAGGAGCAGCUUUCCAGCACAGAGGAGAAAUUUAACAAUUUUCUUAAACAUAGCAAUUUGGAACAGGAUGCUGCCGUAAGACGAGCAGAGAUUGAGAGCAAAGCCAAGUUGGAGCGUCUUAUCGACAUCAAAAAGCUCUCAGCACAAAUUAGUCACAUGGAACAAGACAUGCGCAAGACAGAAAUUCAAUUGGAGCUGUGUAAGGAGUAUAAGGAGUUUAUGGACAGCAUCACGGUACCCCAGUGGUUCUACGAUGUUCUCUGUGGUCUUCGUGUGAACGAUGCCAGUGAAGUGAUUUUGCGCGAGGCCGAGGCGGAGUACACACGCCGGGCAGAGGAACUAAUGGUGGCGAUGCAAAAGGCUGAGGCUCGACGUGAAUCUCACCAGCCAGUGGUUUUUGCUGAACGUCAGAAACGAGGUGGUCUUCGGGAAGAGAGGCACAACGACGAAAAAAACGAUGGGUCAUUGGAAGACGAGGAGGGGGAGCAGGUGCCAAUUGAAGCCCAACUGGAGAAAUUACACCAAGAACUUGAGGCCGAAGCACAGAAGCGGCAAAUGGAGGCUACCGAAUCUAUUAAAAAAGAGGUGGAGGCACUUUCUGUAGAGGAAGUACGUGCAGUGCUGGACAAAGAGUACCCACAGGAGCGCAUCCCAAUGUACUUUACAGAACCGGAUCAGAUACUCGACAUUUUUAUUAACGUCGAAGAGGGCAACUUGUUUCUUAUUCAAAACAGUCAAGAACUCGAGGAAGAGCUGGAGCGUGUCGCAAUGGAAUAUUUUCAUGAGCAGGAAGAAAUGACCACUAUGAUGCGGCAGCGACAUGCGCAGAUGGAGUCGCUGGCGACAAGGAUCAAGGAGGCACAGGAACGUUUGAAACAACUAGAGGAGCGCUUAGCGGAUUUGGAGAGCACUGAGGACGGCGCUGACGCGGGGCUUGAAGCUGCACGCGGUAAGAAGGGCAUUGUCUCUCCCAGGAGGAAUAAAGCUGGACCUGUGAUGAGGCAAGAGGUACUAAAAAAGCUCAUUGAGCGUGCUGUGGCAGAUAUAUUUCGAUGCAUUACUCAGCAUUCGGUUUCUCCGCGUCGCCCCGAAGAUGGCGAGGGACUUGAGGAUAAAAUGCGGAGUGCAGUGAGACAAAAACCACUCAGUGCACGUAGUAGAAACCCUCAGGCCGCGCUUUCUCCCAAAGCCAAAGGCAAGAAGAAGGACCGGACUAUCUCUGAAAAAGCACCUGGUGAAGGAGGGGUUGAAGGACAGAGUGACGGUGAGGCCAGCGCCAACAUGUGGCCUGUGGAGAUGCUUACUAUCAUUGAAACCAAGAUAGACGAGUACAUCCACUAUAUCAACAACCCCGAAAACGGCAUAGAACAGUCUCUCAUUAUGAGUGUCAUCAAGAUGCGAGACAAGGAACGCCGUCACCGGGCUCGAGUGGUUCAAUUGGAACGGCAGUCAACAGAAAGAGAGGAGCGCAACAAGCGAGCUCUUCAACGUUCACAGGCACCUGUUGUGCGGCGACGUGGGAAGCCAGUUAUGUGGCGUUCUCAUCCCCCGGUUGAGACAGUGCGGGGGAAGGAAGUGAAACAAGGCCCUGAGAAAGAGAAAGAAUCGGACCAGGACGAUGAAUUCUUCCUAUGA